UCGUUUGAAAGAUGAACAUGAAUUGUUUUGAUGGUUUUGAUUAUGUCUGUGUGAUGUAUGGGAGGAAAAGACAAAAGGGUAGUUAUGGUACGGUGCUGAAGUAUGAUGGGAUGCAUGAUAGUGGUGAAGAGAGUGGGUUUAAAAGUAGGGGUUUUAGAUCAUCCAGGGCUAAAAGAUUUGAGUUUAAGCAACAAGACAAGAAGGAUUUCCAAGAUGAUGAGGAUUUGGUUAGUGAAUUGGGUCAUUUGAAAUUGGUUCCCAAUUAUAGAGAUUUAAGUUCUGUAUUGGAAUUGGAUUUAAAGGGGUUUGAGACUGAUUCAAUUGUGUCGACUUCAAAUAUACCCAGUGCUGGUGGGCUGAAAAAAUCUAAAAAGAAAAAAGUCAAACUAAAGUAUCAUUAUGAAGAUGAAUUGGAUCAAGAUUCACCUGAUUUUGAAAUCAAGUUGAAAUCUGUUGAUUCAAAAGUUAAGUUCCAAAGAAAUCUACCAAAACAACAAGCCAUUAAACAAUCAUCUACUGAUACUAUCUAUAAAAGAUUUAUCAAGAAGGAACAACCAUCAAGUCCCAAAAUCAUCAAUACAAUCCCUGAUGGCUAUGUACCCAAAUAUAAGCUUGGAAAUUCAGAUACAGCUCCGUUAACUAAGCAUGCUGCGACUUCACUUCUCCAAUCUAGAACAACAACGAAUCGUGCAAAAGAUUGA